UGCUAACCUAGCGGCACUGGUGGGCUGCGCGGGAUCACCGAGGAGGAUUGGCCUUUUGAUUGCUCUUCCUAUGUGGUCAUUUUUUCUCAGCCAGUCUUUGCACAUCUUUCCUGGCACCCAAGCAUCCUUCUUUGACUCAUGGGACAUUGGCAGCAACUGGCCUUUCUCAAAACAUCAGGCGCUUUCACUUUUUCCAAUGGCCAGUGACUCAUUUGUCAUGGCCGUACAUCCGUCUCCAUGUCUCUUUUCAGGCUGUGCUUUCACAUUCUUCCCAGAGAAGUGGAGAUAAGUCUAACACGUGACAAUGAUUGUGAUGUUUGUGUCUUGACCAACGAUGCAAAGAAGCACCUGACUGGAAUGACUGACUGGAUUACAGGAUACAGUGGAUUAUUCCAGAUGACCUUGGGCCAAGGAAAGUGGGAAAGGAAGCUCUAUAGUACUUCUCAGAGGCACACAACUGGUCAAUUCCAACUGACUAAAGUUCAAGGUGGAUUGAUGCAAACCAACAGUGCAAUUACACAGCAAAGCAGAAUACUUCACAACACGAAUAAGCUUUUUGCUACACAAGAUUCCCUGCAGCCAUAUGAGGAAAGAGUGAGUUUCUUUACAAAAAUGAUAGGAGCACUGGGAUUCACAGGACCACUGAAGUACAAUAAAUGGAAAAUUAAACUAGCAGCUCUGCGCAUGUACACAAGCUGUGUGGAGAGGACUGACUAUGAGGAAUUCUUUGAAAGGUUCAAUAUGCCUGAUACACUGAACUCGUGGUUUCUAGUAGCCCAACUUCAUGUCUGGAUGUGUCUGGUACGUAUGAAACAGGAGGGUCGAACUGGGACUUUUAUGUGUCACCAUAUAGUUCAUUUUAUGUGGGACGACGUUAAACAGCGUGGGAAAAUGUUGGGGAUUGAUCCUUCUACCCUCAGGCGGAGUAUGAGAAGCAUGACAGAAAAUUUCUAUGCAGCUAUAUAUGGAUAUGAUGAGGGAAUCUUAUCUGAUGACCAUGUACUGGCAGCAGCCCUUUGGAGAAACCUUUUUAACAAGAAUUGUGAAGAUCCUAGACAACUGGAAUUGCUGGUGGAAUAUGUGCGCAAGCAGAUGCAGUAUUUGGAUGCUAUGAAUGGAGAUGACUUACUACUGAGUGGUGAAGUGACAUGGCGCCCUCUUGUGGAGUAUAAUGCCCAAAGCAUCCUGAGGCUAACUUCCCCAGUUUACAAUGAUGAAGGACUCUGAUAUCUUCAUCAUCAGUGAACUUUUUCCUACUGACAACGUUAAAUCAGUUUGUGAAAAAUAUCUUAGAGUAAGAAUCUAUCGUGCUGUGGAUGCCCAAGAAAAAAAGGAAAUACCUGCUGUUGAAAUAAAAUAUAUUGAACUAGA